AAUAUAUAAUAUUCUAGGCAUCGUGCCCUGAUCACCUUCGUUAUGUACUAUUUCUCCAAUCCGACAUCCGACCUAUACCAAUAAACCACCUGGGCACCUGGACGCCCAGCCAAUGCCGACGGUUAGCUAGAUUCUCCGGGUGCCGACUAAUUCCUACCAAUUAACCAGUACCUAUCACGGACUUACACACUUGGGUAUAUAUGGGACAAACUAAAAUGCAACGCCCUCCUGGCACUCACAUCGAAACGACACUGCCGCCUUUUCUGCCUACAUCAUGGAACACCUCGCAGACAUUAAACCACCCGUCCCCUCUCUUCAACCCUCCAACGUUAAAACCCCGCGGAAGGGUAAGGGACAGAUAGGCGGGUUUUCAUAUAAUACGACCCCCUUAUAUAAGGCCAUACACGGUCUCUUGCAGCUGAAAGACGGCUUGACACCCAAAGAGAGGGCGGAAUGGAAACGAGUGGAGGAGCGCAAACAAAUUCUAUCGGCGCGAUUGCAGAGUGCUGAAUCUUAUGCAGAGUGGGAGGCGGCAGCACAAGAAUUAGAUGUCCUCGAAGGUAAUGAAGCAUGGAAGGCCGAUAUGUCUACUGGGGACUAUAACCCCGGACUUCUAGAAAUACGCUUACAAGAGCUCGAUGAUGCUCGUACCAACUGUGAUAUACGAUCCAUGAUGCAUAUCAUCAGAACGUCCCUCUCACGCGACCUUGGCGGUAUGGGCAAUAUCGACCUGUACCGCCACUCCUAUUGCGGUACCAAAAAGCUUGUUUCACGAUACGUCGAUUCUGCCUUACAGACCAUCACAGCUUUGGUAGAGCAGAGUUCUCGUCGCCGAGUUGAUGAUCCAGGUCCUAAAGACUUGCUAGACGCGGUGCUUUACGCUCGCCAGAGCUUUGGACGGAGUGCUCUCCUCCUCAGCGGCGGCGGUACCUUCGGUAUGACCCAUAUUGGGGUCUUGAAAGCCAUAUUCGAGGCAAAACUACUACCGCGCAUUAUUUCAGGUGCAUCAGCUGGCUCGAUCGUCUGCUCUGUGGUCUGCUCGAGAACAGACGACGAGAUGCCCCAAUUACUAGAGGAAUUUCCCUAUGGCGAUCUAGCUGUAUUCGAGGAGGAGGGUAACGAAGAAGGUCUAUUUGGCCAUUUAAGGAGAUUACUCACUGAGGGAAAUUGGUCCGACAUUAAGCAUCUCACGCGUGUAAUGCGUAACUUGCUUGGCGACAUUACAUUCCAGGAAGCAUAUAAUCGUACUAGGAGGAUAUGCAAUAUUUGUGUCUCGUCAGCAUCUAUAUAUGAGCUGCCGCGAUUACUGAACUAUGUCACAGCACCUAACGUUAUGCUAUGGUCUGCCGUCGCAGCAUCCUGCUCAGUACCACUUGUUUUCAGCGCUGCGCCGUUACUGGUGAAGAAUCCCCUGACUGGCGAGCACUGCGCAUGGAAUCCCACUCCGCAGAUGUGGAUUGAUGGAUCCGUCGAUAAUGACCUUCCCAUGACAAGACUUGCCGAAAUGUUCAACGUCAACCAUUUUAUCGUAUCUCAGGUCAAUCCACAUGUCGUUCCCUUUCUUGCCAAGGAGGAGGGGCCCGCCAGUGCACAUCACGAGACAGUCCUCAGGGAGGAGUCGGAUUGGAUGCACACGAUUACUACCCUGGCCAAAAGCGAAGCCAUACAUCGAAUGCAGUUUAUGGCUGAAAUCGGUAUUUUCCCAACACUCGUCAGUAAGCUACGGUCUAUUUUAAGCCAGAAGUAUUCAGGUGAUAUCAAUAUUCUCCCAGCCGUGGGUAUUUGGGACUUGCCUAAGGUGCUGAAAAAUCCGACGACCGACUUUAUGCAACGAUCGUGCUUAUUAGGAGAGCGUGCAACCUGGCCGAAGUUGGCUCGCAUCCGAGACCGGUGCGCAAUUGAACUGGCUUUGGAUCGUGCGGUUCACGCAUUGCGAGCUCGUGUUGUAUUCAGUAAGAGCCAAGCCGACUUGCGAAGAAUGGCAACCGGAUUGCUAGUGAAUUUGCGCGGGGAAGAAUUUGAGCUUUUGACACCUGAUUCAACCCAAGCUGGAUCCCCUUCUGCGAAGGAGAGGCUCAAGCACCGCCGACGGCGCUCAAGUGGAAGCAAUUUAAUGAAUCCAUCCCACCAAGUCCUUGCGAAUGAGAACCCGUACAGAAGAAUAACAGACGAUGACACAGAUGAGGAGGAACGUCUUGAGAUGGCGAUGCGCCAUACAAGCCCGAAAUCAAAGAUGAGGCUUAAGCGGUUCCCAAGAAGCCAUGUAUUUCAGACGGGGCCUAAAACCAGCCCUGUCUUAUCUUCCACUUCGGAUGCCGAUUCUUUCGAUUUCUCUCAACCAUUAACGCCCACCGGAGCCAGGAACACCAAUGUGUCGAGCUUGAGAAGGACUGCGCCUUCGUCAAUGUUCACGACAUGCCGCGACGGCGAAGCCUCUGAUUUAGCCUCUGGAGAAACAGCUUCCAUGACUUCACCACAACAUAAUCCUCAUCACGACGCCGAAAUGGAGACUAGCGAUUUGCAUACUUCGGAUGCUGAUGUCGAUAGUCAUACGGACGAGGAUGCAUCGCAGUCGGCCAAAACCACAUACGUAAGUCUUCGUAAUAACGUUCAUGAGUGAUUCUUAAUAUUCUAAUUUCGAUCGUUCAUAAGUCCAAAUGUCUAAACUAAAAAGACGUGUCGUUCUCGACUAAAACGAGAUUAUUGAAUAAAGAUGAACUACACUAAUACGCGAAAUCUGGUCUUUGGUUACGGGUUCAUUCAGCAACGAAAUACCUACUACCUACCUAGGUAGGUAGGUAAUUUAAGUUUGGAGAUUUGGAAGAAAGGACCGGCAAUUGCAUUCUCGAGAAUAUGAGCUCUAAACUAUUAGGCGAGGCAAGCAAGGUAACUAACCCUUAUUAAACAAUAAGAAUUCCAUAGCAUUAUUGCGGCGACCAUGACACUAUUCCCCGAGAUUUCUGCACGACAG